AUGGCUUCAAGCGAUCAGAAUACACUGUUCUCUGAACAUCGGACGUUAUUUCCAUCUUUAAACGCAAUGUUAGCCACAGAGUCAUCCACAAAUUUUAAUCCUCGUUUACCGCCUAUUCCAGAACAAGGCUGGGAUUUCAAUUGGGAAAAUGAUACGUUCCCCCUCGCAGAUCCUUACGAAGGCUUUGAGCAAACCACGACUGCUAUUAGGUCUGCUGCGAACAAUAAACCACUGCUCCAAACAAAUGAGGAGCUGACCAAGUUGCAAAACGAGGUGUUGCAGUUGCGUCGCGAUAUCUCAGAGCUGAGUGAAAUGGUUCGCAAGCGGCUAGGGGAAAUAGAAGCGAGCGUACAAGGAGCUCAACGCUAUGUCAAUAAUUUAGUACCGUGGUCGAUGGAAGUUCAUGAAAAGUAUUCACAACUAUUAGCGAUAGCAAUGAAGCAGGAAGACCGAGCUGGGGAUAAAGUUGUAUAG